AGCGAUGGCAUCCUACCUUCAGCGAGUGGAAUUUGCUUGUCUGCCAAAUGAAAUACUGGAUAAAGUUCUGCAAUAUCUAACGCCCAAAGAUCUUUGUCAUGUUGCGUUGUGCAAUAAAUCUUGGAGAGAAGCAGCCAAUCAUGAUGUUCUGUGGCACCCUCUUUGUCAAGCAGAAGGAUUGAGGCACUUUGGUAGAGCUGAAGACCUUGACGAAAGCACUGCAUUCAUUCCUGUUGACAAGCAGAGCAAUGGUAAAGAUGUGAACUUCUCGUUCGAUACCAUUGUUAGUGGUUCUGACUGGCCUGGACUGAUGGACACGUGCACAUGGAAGACGGCCUACAUGAAAGCACAUCAUCUCGAAAGGAACUGGAGGAAUAAUCGUUACCACGUUGUCUCUUUCGAGUUUGGCUCGGAGGGAUGUGCUGGUCUAUACAGUCCCUCAUGGAAUUCUACGAGUCAAUUACAGAUAUAUAAUCUACAUGGAGAGGGUACCUACCUAGCAGGAGGAGUUUCGAAUGGCACAGUCAUGGUGUGGGAUAUGUACAGUGGGAAACUACAACACACCAUACACGUAGACAUCUGUGACAAAAGCGAAUGUUUGAAAAUUGGAAAUGGCACCAUAGCUGUAGGUUGUAGAGAUGGGAUGAUUCGUACAUACUCUGCCAAAACAGGGCAACAACUGCAGGUUAUGUCUCGUCAUCGACUUCCAGUAUCCAAAUUGUUUAUUGACGAUGACACAAUUGUCAGUGUCGCUCGGCCUAGGCCUGGCGAUGGCAGCUAUGACACAUGUGAGGACAGUGACAUCCGAGUUUGGUGUUCAUUAAAUAGUGGUCUUCGUUUUCUUUUUCGCAGAGAGACGGACGAUUCCAAAGAUAUUUUGUUAGAAGACGUAGAUUAUCGGAAUAAAACGGUAGCCGCUGUUUAUGUUGACCGAACAAUUCGGUUAUGGAAUGCACAGAGCGGUGUAUGUAUGCAUGUCAUAGGUCCAUCGCAUCGGAUGGGUGAGUUUGUAGAGGCGUUGACAUACUGCCAUCUCAGCAACGGAAAUCUCAUCGUUGGUGAUAGGGACAACAGAGUAGAAAUGUAUGACGUGAAAUCAGGGGAGUGCUGCAAGACAUUCAACAUUCCUUUAGGCUGUGAUGAUGACGCAGAUGAUGAAAUAACUCUUUCAUGUGCGUUUACUGGUGAGUUUCUCGUGGCACAGUCAGAUUACGGUAAUCUUAGGGUCUGUAACCUAGAGGGCAAGUGCAUUGGGGAGACCAAGACCGCUGGAGAUAGUACACCUACGAUGCACUCGAGUUGUGUCCGCGGUAAUAAAUUGAUUGCUUGUGAUAAGGUGACAGGUGCCAGCUCAUUGUGGAUGAUUAACACAGAGAGUGGCGUCCAAGUUGUGAACAUUUUGAGAGGGAUUAUGUUUCAUCGCGAUGUGGAGACGGAAUUCUUCGAAUUUUGGAUGAGUGACACUAAACUGGCUUUCGUUCAUUACUUUAGUGAAAAUUUGGAAGAGGGCCUCGUCCAGGCACCAUACAUUGCAGUUCACCAUUAUUGGUGAAGAUGAGGGGGUGAGUCGGGCAUCAAUAUCCUUGUGAACUUGGAUUCUCACUAUUAUGAGAAAGACUCCGUGUAUAUGAACUGGUAUGCUAGUUUUGCAUAGCAGCUCAACACGCUGACCAAACUUUACUUGCCGAUUACGAUUACAAUGUACUUUGUUGGCUUUACAGCUCUUUAAGUAUGUCUGCAACGUUAUGAAAUGUUUCGUAAUUCAUGCAUACAACAGUAACCGCAACAUGCUUGUGACGUCACCGCGGGUAAUAUUUGUACCUACAGUUAACUGAGAGUUGAUACAUCUCAGUGUAUGAGAAUGUUUUGACGAAUGUUUCAUGAUGACGUCGCAGUUUAUUUGCGAUUAUGUACGCUUUGAUUUUUUACAUUUCAUUCCUUUAGGUAAAAUAUACAUGUCGAUACAAAAUUAGUUUUGAAUCAGACCUAUAGACAUAUAUAAACUGUACGCUUGCACCAGAAUGACACUCGCUUAUAGUUAUAUACACAUGGCAAACGUGACUGACAGGCGUGGAGGCCUAGAGACAUUCUUUAGAUAAAAGGUCCCCCUCGAAAAAAAGGUAUCUGUAAAAUUGUUAUUAGCAUAUCCCUGCACAAUACCCGUGGCUCAUCUAUCCCACCAGGUAGCCGGCUAAGGGAAUACAGGGAAACGCUUGACUAGUCACCCACAAA